UAUGGAAAGCCUCGCGGUGGUUGGUCGUGGGAGUGUCGCCUGUCUUCACUCGACGUGUAUCGCUCCUCGCUUACAAUCGUAGAAAACGAAAAUGUCGAAGAAUGGGUCGGAAGCCAAACCUACGUCAAGUAAACAAGCUACUGAAACUACUCCUCUUGUUUCCAAAGACGGAGGGGAUAAUGGGGAUGACCCCUCUGCAAAAAUCGAGGGCGGUGGGCUUUCCGUGAAGCAGACGGCAUUGCUGGUGGCAGGCGAGAUGGCCGGCAGCGGAGUCCUGGCUCUACCUAGAGUACUCGUCAAAACAGGAUGGUUUGGCGUGCCACUUAUAAUCUUGAUGUGUGCGAUUGCCGCGUUCAGCGGAAAACGACUCGGCGACUGUUGGUCCAUCAUCGAGGCUAGAGACCCUGAAAUGAGGAGCAGAAAGAGGAAUCCAUAUGCGAUAAUAGCUGACCAAGCGCUUGGGAAGACUUGGAGCGUGAUAGUGUCAAUGGCGAUCAUAGUGACGUUAUUCGGGGCGUCUGUGGUGUACCUCCUCCUGGCUUCGCAGAUUAUAGAACAGGUGUUCCGCUUGCUCCUGCCCAAUGUGACGUUCUGCGCAUGGUACCUGAUUGUUACGGGCGCCAUGACACCGCUCCUACUCUUCAAAUCGCCGAAAGAUUUCUCUUUCAUCGGCCUCAUAGCGUUUGGCUCGACUGUGGCAGCUUGCAUCCUCUAUUUCAUCCAGAUGAUGAAUGACAUAAGACCAUUGGUAUUCCGCUACGGUAUCCACGGUUUCCAAGACUUCUUCCUGGCAUUUGGCACCAUAAUGUUUGCGUUCGGAGGCGCGUCUACAUUCCCCACAAUCCAAAACGACAUGGAUGAUAGGACAAAGUUCAGUAAGAGCAUCAUGUUCAGUUUCUUUGCAAUCCUGGCGUUGUACCUGCCUAUUGCUGUCGGAGGGUACGCCGUGUAUGGCGAGGCAGUGGCUCCGAAUGUCGCUGUAUCGUUAUCAGCCACGCCCCUGACGCUAGUUGGUAACAUUCUGAUGGCUGUGCACCUCGUAUCCGCCUUCAUCAUCAUCAUUAACCCCGUUUGCCAGGAGAUGGAGGAGCUUUAUGACGUGCCUAGAGACUCCCUUGGCUGGCGCAUGGGCGUCCGCAUUUCCAUCAUGUUGGGCAUCCUGUUCAUCGGCGAGAGCAUCCCUCGGUUCUACACGAUCCUGGCGCUUGUCGGAGGCACCUCUGUGGCGCUGCUCACCUUCAUCCUUCCUUCCUUCUGCUACAUCAACCUCAUCAACCAGCCCCCGAGAGAGGGACAAGCCGCUAUUGAGACACCCGGCUGGAUAAAAAUGUUAUGCUGGGAAGUGAUUGGCUUGGGAGUGCUUGGGGGUAUAGCUGCUACCUUCAGCGCAGUCAGCGCCAUAUUCAGCACCUCCCAAGCUACGCCUUGCUACCUCAGAUAGACUAGUCUUCAUCCCUUCAUCCAGACUAACCGCAACAUUCACCACAUCGAUAAACUAUUGAAUGGACGCACUCUGGAAGUACUAAAUGAAAUGCCAUUUUUUUUUAUUAAUAGACGCAUAAUUUUUAAAAACAUGAUCCAUAAUAGGUCGAUAUAAUUUCGCAUGGACAAGAGGAGGGGUGUGAAAUAGUUAACAGGCUCGUCCCGGCUUGACAAGUCCCGUCCGAGACAGAUUUUUUUUUUUAAUUUAAAUUUUCUCUUUUUAAAAGCACUUGCAUAUCGUGCCUUACAUGACUCAAUGGGGCGUUCACGAACAUCAUAAUGCGUUCAGUCUGUUCUGUCGCAGAUGUGUAAUUUAACUAUGGCUUCAGUACCUAACAAUAGUACGAGUAGUAGUGAUGUUCGUCUCUCAUGGCAGUAAACAUUACACGCGGAAUUGAUACGUAUAUAUUUCUUAUUCUUUCGUGUCCUUUAUUAUCCAUGAUCCACCUCAUAGUCGUGGCAAUAAAAAGACCCAUAAUUUUCUUUCAUAACUUACUGUUAAAACAUAUGGCUAUGCAGGUAGAACACGGGGAAAAAAGUCCCCGUGCUUCACCUGGGUGGACUAUGACGUGGACCACGGGUAAUAGAGGUAUUCGUCAGGUCAACAUUGUUAUUGAUAUGAGUAUGUUUAUUAUUAGGUAAAGGUAAUUGAGAAUUUAGUAUCACAAACAGAACAUAAUAAAACAAAUACAAUUCUACUACUAAAAUAUGAAUACACAAUACGACAAAAAAUAAAAAUACUUAAAUAAAAUAUUGUAGCAGGCAUCCCUGCUUAGUGGAAAAGCAUCGAGGUGCCCAUGAUACUCACCAAGUUGCCAUGUUGAAUGGCGAUGGACAUUUGCAUCAGGUAUAAUAUGGAGCAAGCAUCACACCACUCUCUCGUAACCGAUGCCCAAUCUCCUUCACAAAGUUAAGGGCCUCCGAUCUAUUAAGUUUUAUAUUUUGAAGCUUACUUGUUCAACGCCGACUAUGAUAUUAGCCGACUGGUCAGUAUCCAGAAAACCAUCCGUGCGUUAUAAGUUCCGUUUUAUAUCGGUAUUACCGAUAUCAAAUCCGCUUCUGACGUCGUCAUGUGAAAAUCGCUUUAGUACCUACAAAAUGUUCAUCAUCUCCCUAGCAUUAUCCCGUUUUCCACAGGGUCCGCUUACCUAACGUGAAGAUUUGACAGGUCCGGUGUUUUACAGAAGCGACUGCCUGUCUGACCUUCUAACCCGCGAAGGGAAAACCAGCCCAAUACAGGAUAGGUCACAUACCUCCGAAAAUGCAUUUCUCGGAAAUGUGGUUUCCUCACGACGUUUUUCCUUCACCGCUGAGCACGCGAUAAUCAUAAAACCCACAAAAUUUACCUACAGAAUGUUAUUUAUUAUAAUUGUUUGGACCGGUUUAUGAAGAUUUUGCACAUGUUUAUUUUGACAAAGUACAACCUAUAUGUAUUUACAAUAUUUUAGUGGAGAGAAUUAUUCGUGUUCAUUUUUUUAUUUACUCUAUGUUUGUGUAGUAUGUAAGUGCCAUGUAAUCUAUAAGAGAAAACCAUUUUUUGUAGUAGUCGUUUUAUAGUAAUCAAAAUGAGUUUUUAAUAAAACGUUUUUUUUUAGU